AUGGAAGAAAGAAAAGAAGGUGUUUCGGAUGACUUACAAAUACUUUUUAAAACCACAGCUACUAUUCCUAUUUCUACAAGUGAAUGUGAGCGCGAUUUCAGCUCAAUGAAUGAAAUUAUAACACCCCUCAGAUCUUCAUUAAAUAUUAGUACAGUCUCUGCACUUUUAUUUGUUAAUUGUGUUGAUCCUUCACUCACUGAUUUUCAUCCUGAAACAUAUGUACGCUCAUGGUUAGUCAAAGGUAGAAAUUCUGCUAAUGACACUGCUAAUCGCAAACGUAAAAAAAAAAUUGAAAAAUACUCAGCAUUAUGGAAACUAUUAUAA